AUGUUGAGAUCUAAUAAUUGCAAACAGGCUUUGAAAGGUUUGCGUUUUUACUCUCAUAAGGAGGUAAAGUUCGGUGUUGAUGGCAGGGCAGCGUUGUUGAAAGGUGUUGAGACGCUUGAGCAGGCGGUUUCUUCUACUUUGGGGCCUAAAGGUAGAAAUGUUUUGAUUGAACAGCCCUUUGGGCCGCCCAAGAUUACCAAGGAUGGUGUGACGGUUGCCAAGGCUAUUACCUUGGAGGAUAAGUUUGAGAAUAUGGGUGCUAAGUUGUUGCAGGAGGUUGCAUCGAAGACCAAUGAAGCUGCCGGGGAUGGUACCACUUCUGCUACUGUUUUGGGUAAGGCUAUUUUCACGGAAUCUGUCAAGAAUGUGGCGGCUGGGUGUAAUCCAAUGGAUUUGAGAAGAGGUACUCAGGCGGCUGUGGAAAAGGUGAUUGAGUUUUUGAGCAAGAAUAAGAAGGAGAUUACUACUUCUGAGGAGAUUGCACAGGUUGCGACUAUCUCUGCGAAUGGUGAUGCGCACAUUGGGAAGCUGUUGGCUUCUGCGAUGGAAAAGGUUGGCAAGGAGGGUGUGAUCACUAUCAGGGAGGGUAGGACCAUGGAGGAUGAGUUGGAAGUGACUGAAGGUAUGAGAUUCGACCGUGGGUUUAUUUCUCCCUAUUUCAUUACUGAUGCCAAGGCUGGUAAGGUUGAAUUUGAGAAGCCAUUGGUGUUGCUUUCUGAAAAGAAGAUCUCUUCGAUCCAGGAUAUUAUCCCGUCGUUGGAGAUUUCUAACCAAACCAGGAGACCAUUGUUGAUUAUCGCGGAGGAUAUUGACGGCGAGGCGUUGGCUGCUUGUAUAUUGAAUAAGUUAAGAGGCCAAGUCCAGGUUUGUGCUGUCAAGGCACCAGGCUUCGGUGACAACAGAAAGAACACCUUGGGAGACAUUGCGGCCUUGACCGGUAGCACUGUGUUCACAGAGGAGUUGGACUUGAAACCAGAAAACGCCACUUCGGAACAUUUGGGUUCUGCGGACUCCAUUACCAUUACCAAGGAGGAUACUGUUAUCUUGAACGGUAAUGGAACCAAGGAGUCCAUCGAGCAUAGAAUUGAGCAGAUUAAAGGUGCUAUUAACGCCACCACUACCAAUUCUUAUGAGAAGGAAAAGUUGCAGGAACGUUUGGCUAAACUAUCUGGUGGUGUCGCCGUGAUCAGAGUGGGUGGUUCCUCAGAGGUGGAAGUCAGUGAAAAGAAAGACCGUUAUGACGAUGCCCUAAACGCCACUAGAGCCGCCGUGGAAGAAGGUAUUCUACCAGGUGGUGGUGUUGCCUUGCUAAAGGCUUCCAGAAUCUUGCACGAGGUGAAAACUGAAAACUUCGACCAGCAUUUAGGUGUUCAAAUUAUCAAGAAGGCUAUCACUAAGCCAGCAAAGAAAAUUAUCGAAAACGCUGGUGAAGAAGGUUCUGUCAUCGUUGGAAAGAUUAUCGAUGAAUUCGGUGACAACUUCACCAAGGGUUAUGACGCUGCAAAGGGCGAAUACACCGACAUGUUGGUUGCUGGUAUCAUCGACCCAUUUAAGGUUGUCAGAAGCGGUAUUGUUGAUGCUUCAGGUGUCGCCUCCUUGUUGGCAACUACUGAGGUCGCUAUCGUUGAUGCUCCAAAACCACCUUCUGCAGCUCCCCCAGCUGGAAUGCCCGGUAUGCCAGGCAUGAUGUAA